AUGGAGGUUGCUAAGAUGAGUCGAGUGAGCGGGUACUUACAGGGUGACGGUUUAAGGGAAGAAACGGAUUUUGAAGAGGAACCAGUUCUUUCUGAACAUCAGCGUCUUAAAUAUGAAGCAUUUCGAAAGAAAUUAAUGGAGUUGAGCCAAUUGAACCGGCCAAAAGUUCAAGUUGAUUAUAAGGGAUCUCAUGCACGUGCACAUGCACCUCGGGUGGUGAAAGAAGAAAAGAUGGCAGCUGGACAAUCCACGAAUCAGCAGCAGCAGCAACAGCAGCAGCAGCUCCAAAAUAGAGUUGAUGAGUUGGAAAAAUUAAUUGAAGCAAAAGAUAACCAGUGGAAGGAUCUAGUAGAGGAUUUCCGAGAUCAGCAGCUUAAUGAGUAUAACAAGUAUCAACGAAAACUAAGGCUGGUGGAAAAGGAGUAUGGGUACAAGAUUAGCAAGUUAAAAGCACAAUUGAGUCAAACAAAUGAGAUAAACGAAAAGUACAAACAACUAUUAAAUAAAUUUCAGCUGCUUGAAGAAGAGAGUAAGGUGAAGGAUCAGAUUAUUGCAAAGAUAAAUAUUGAUAAGAGCCUGAUGAAAUUAAAGCAAGAGGAGAUGUCGAGGAAACAAGUUUUGAUAGAGCAAGAUUAUGAUGCUAUUGUAAAGGCAAAACAAGCACUUGAAACUGACUAUUACUCCAUUGUCAAGGAAAAACAAGCAUUUGAAACUGACUAUUACUCCAUUGUCAAGGAAAAACAAGCACUUGAAACUGACUAUUACUCCAUUGUCAAGGAAAAACAAGCACUUGAAACUAACUAUUACUCCAUUGUCAAGGCAAAACAAGCACUUGAAACCAAGUAUGAAGCUAUCGCAAGGGCAAAACAAGUACUUGAAGCCGAUUACAACGAUUUACUUGGCCGAUUAAACGAACAAGAAUGUUUAUCCAAGGGAAAUCUUGACAAUGGUCCAAAGAGUCAAGAAGACGAAGAGGAAGAAAAUACUAGUUUCCAGUUGAAACCAUCGUUUGAUGAACACAUCCAGAUGUCACCUCCAUCUCCAACACUUACACCACCUCGAACGCCUCCAAGGAGGCAUCAAAACGAACAGAUUGCACAACCUACCUACCUCUAUGGAACCCCAAUGCUCAUAAACGGCCUGACGUUCCUGUUGGUGCAAAGAAAUCAAGAUUGGUCUCCCAGCGAGGCCCUGACGCAAAACUUGAUUCACAGAAGCAUGGAAUUGACUCCAUAG